GAUUUAUUGCUUAGGUCUUGUUUAUCAUUAGAAAACAAGCACUUGAGACCUAAUAUACCUAACACGCGGCUAUAAAUACGCGCUGAGAUGACAUCUCUCCGCAUUGAUAAACACUUGAUCGGGAAAGCGAUCAUCGGAAAAAAUGGCAGUUCAAGUUAAAACCCCUAUCUCCCUGAUAGACCCCUCGCAGCUGCUGCGUCCGGAGCCCACGUUCAACGACAAGCCCUUGGAAGCCUUCCGGGACUACAGCGUGGAUGACAGCGACCCCAUCAAGGAGCGCGUGCGUAGGACCUACUACGCCAUGCACACUAAUGUUACUGUCGAUCUUGUUAAACAGAAACGCGAGAAGUGGCUGAAAUUCAACCACUUCAAGUCGACAGUAAAGGACGCUCUCAUAAAACUCAACGAGCUGGUGGACGAGUCGGACCCCGACACCGACCUGCCCAACAUCGUCCACGCCUUCCAGACUGCUGAGAGGAUCCGACAGGACCAUCCUCAAGACGACUGGUUCCAACUUACUGGACUUAUCCAUGAUUUGGGCAAGGUGAUGGCAUUCUACGGCGAGCCGCAAUGGUGCGUGGUGGGCGACACGUUCCCCGUGGGCUGCGCGUGGGCCGACUCCAUCGUGUACGGCCCCGACAGUUUCAAGGACAACCCGGACACCUACAACCCCAAAUACAACACAAAAUACGGCAUGUACGAGCCACACUGCGGACUGGACAACGUGCUGGUAUCGUGGAGCCACGACGAAUACUUCUAUCAGUUCCUCAAGCACAACAAGAGCAAGCUGCCCGAGAAGGCGCUCUACAUGAUCAGGUACCAUUCGUUGUACCCGUGGCACGCAGGUGGCGACUACCGUCACCUCACCAACGCUAAAGACGAGGAAAUCCUGAAGUGGGUGCAUGAAUUCAACAAAUACGACCUGUACACGAAGAGCGCCGAGGUCCCCGACAUCGAAGCAUUGUGGCCCUACUACGAGAAACUCAUCGAGAAGUAUAUCCCGGGAGUCUGCGAGUGGUAAUAAAUACCACCUAAAUUAAACUAAGUGAUUGUACCUAAGUAUUUAAUAUUUAACUCUUACAUUUACUGAAGGACUAUCUAUCGUUUAGUCCUAAAAUCUAAAUGGAUUUCUAAAUUAAAAGCUCAAAAAAAUAUUACGUAUUAUAGGUACAUCGUUAGAAUAAGCUAGAUAUUAAUAAGUUAUUUUAUUAUUAGUAUAAUUUUUGUUGUGUAAUUAAUAAGGUAAUCUUAAGCACCCAGUAUUAACAAUAUGUUAUUAUAUUAAUGAAAACUUUUUAAUAAUACAAAUAAAUGUUUUACUUACUUACCUA